UUCGUUUAGUAAAUAUUUAUUUGAAAAAUUUUGAAAUUAUGGAUAAUACUCCGAUUUUAAAACGACCUAAGCCAACUGAUAGUGAAGAAGAGUUGUUUCGUAUGCAAGAAGAAUUUUUGAAGAAUAAACAGCAACCAUCGGCGAAAGUAAUUAAUUUGCGAGGAUCAUCAAAAUCAUCAAGUACUGAAACAGUUAAAAAUCAAAAUAGUACUGCUAAAGUAAGGUCAAAAUUUUCUCAACAAAAAAGACUUAAAACACAAGACAGAGUCUCUACUUCACAAGUUGGUGGUGAUGUUAUAAAUCCUAUAAUUAAAGAGAAAGGUGGACCACAGGAACAUGUUCAAAAUAUACCAAUGUCACCAUGUAAUAUAAUAUUAGGAAAUAUUAUUGAAAAGAAAUAUGAUACAAGCAAUUAUGAGCACAACAAACAACAGUUUUCUCAGUUAGAUUCAGGUUUUCCUCAAGUGUUCAGUUCUCCAUACAUGACAAGUAAUGGCAAUCAAAGUUUGUUUUGGCAACAAGUUUCUUCUAAAGAACCUGUUGUAAAUAAAGUAGAAAAGUUUAAAUCCUCAGAAUCUCCAUGUACAAGUGAUAGCAGGGUUACUGUAGAUAGAUCAUGGGCAUCUGAAAUACAUAAAGAAAAUUUAGAACGGUUGAAUCAAAUGAGUCAAGAAGAAAUAUUAAAAGAGAAAAGUAAACUUAAAAUGACUCUUAAACCAGAGUUAAUACAAUUUUUGAAAAAUAGGAAUAAUAAGAAGCAGAAAAUCAAUCAAGAAAAACUUGAAAACACAAGUAUCUUUGUUAAAGAUGAUAAUAUAACAUCAAUGAAUGAAGAAAAGAUAAUUUCAGAAGUUUCUGAUAAUGAAGAUGUUACAUCAAUGCAAGUGGAUGAACCUGAACAAAGUAUACCUAAACCUCCUAUUGAAUUAAUGGAACAAGCUAAAGAAAAGGGUUGGGUACACAUGGAUUCUCUUGAGCCUGAGAAGUUGAAAUGGAUGGAAGAUGUGCCUGCAGAAAAAAAAGAUGAGCCUCCUCCAGAUGAACCGUACAAUGCUCGUUUUGAUUUUAAUGGGUUAUUGUUAGCGUAUAAAGAUGAAAGUGUGUCAAUUGAGAAAGGUCUUCAUCAUCAUGGAGAAGAGCCCGAUCGUCCGGGUUAUUCCUUACAAGAAUUAUUACAAUUGAGUCGAUCGUCCGCGCAGCAACAACGUUGUACAGCUCUUACAACAUUAGCAAAUAUUAUAGAGAAAAGUCGUAAAGGAUGGUACGAUAAAGCAUUACAACCAGCUCCUUUGACUGCGUUAAGUCAAAAGAAUCUUUUAUUGCUACUGAGAUUUUCAUUGGAUGAUACUUCAACAGCUAUAGUUACAGCAACUUUGCAAGCACUCAGAGCUUUCUUAUACAGUGAAGCAGAUGAAAUCUGCUUAGAUAGACUAUAUGAAUUUCAGUACUAUAAGGAACCUAUUUUAAUAUUACCAGAAACCGAUGUUACUGAUACGAGUAAUUUAAAGGAUCACGAACUAGCACAGUUGGAUGCAGUUGCUGCUUUGUUGAGAACUGAUAUACUUCUAAGGAUCAGAUACAUCUUAAGUGAAUUGCGACCACCGCCUGUCGGUGUAACGUGUGCGUUAGAAAUAUUAGUUCGACUUGUAAGACACUCAACUGUUACUACAUUAAAUAUUGCAAAUACUCCACAUUUAUUGGAAACAAUAACUGAACAUUUUAUGCCAUUAUCUACGGACAAAUUAGCAAUGUUAGAUACCAUAAAUAACGUUUAUGGAGUUCCUGUAGUGGCUGCGGUAAGAUUUUAUCGGAUCUUACUUUGCUACGGAGGAAAGCGUGUUGCUCAAAAAUUAAAUAGUCUUAAAAUUGUACAACGUAUUAUAUCGUAUGUUAGCUGUGAUGCAGGAAAAGGAAGCUUUAAUUUGAGCAUUGAAAGUCUGCGAUUAUGGAAAACAUUACUACUUUAUGAUGAAGCAGUGGAUAGUUUAACUGGGGCACAAUUAAUUCUUGUAUCACAGUUACAACUUUUACUAAGUAAUCAUGACAUAAAAAAUGCAUCUGAGUUGUUUUGUGAAUAUGCAGCAGUUUUGAUAGCUGUUGCAAGUUAUUUGACACCUUUAAAACCAAAUAUGUCAGUUUUAUUAUCUAAAUGGAGCACUCAAUUGUUAUCCUUAAAAAAUGUCACGUGGGGCACUACAAAACUUACUGCGGAAACGUUACUGGCAGUCGGUGAUAGUCCAGCGAUUAACACAUUAAUUGUAUCUCGGUUAGAAGUGUUUUCUAAACUUUGUUCGACUUCAAAUUUAUUGAGCGAUUGCUCUCUAGCUACUGAACGUGAGCCUUCUUCUUUACCUCAUUUGGGUGUUUUGACCCACGGUGGAAAAUUACAGCCUACAGUAUCUCAGGAAUCUUGUUUCCCGUUUCUAGCAAUAGUGCUAAAUGUAUUUGUUAAUCAUUCUUUCUUAGAAGAACUUCAGGCAAUUCUUAAUCAUCCACAACUUCAUAAGUAUUUAAAGAGAUUAGAAGCAACAGAGUGGAGUUUAGAAAGAUCGUGGUAUACAAGGUCAGAAUUAUCUUUUUUGGUUGGUAUAGUGAAUGCAGCUUCUCUGGUUAGAGUAGACAGUAAAAUAAGUCAUACCAUUUGGAAAAUUGCUAUCAAACUUGUAUCAUCUUUACCUACUGAUUUUUCAUCUAAUACAAAAAGUAUUCUUAGAAUUGUUUUAGCUGAAGAGAAAUUAAAUUUAGGAAUGGUAACAAACGAAUUAGAAAAGUUACAUUUGAAUUCAAACAUUGAAGAUAUGAAAUUAAAUUUAUCGCGUGAUGUAGCUUGUUUAUAUGAACAAUACGUAUCAUGGAACGGCGAAUGGGAUGAAGCAUCAAUGCCUAAGGACUGGCUUUACUUACCCAUAGUUCAUGUUUAUACAAAAUGUAGAAACAGUGGUACAUGUAACCAGGAUGAUACAACUACUGUCAUAAUCGUAUUAACUUUAGAAUUAGUAUUACCUGAUUUGGUUGAACAAUUGUCGCAAAGUUUACGCUUCAGCAGACUGGUACUCGUAUAUUUAUGUGAUACUUUAUACUUAAAUAAUGACGUUUCUACUUUACUUACUAGGGCUGUUUCAACUUUGCUGAAAGAUAAUUAUAAGAAACUCAAUUUCACAAUAGACUUGCCAGGACUUAAUUCGUUUACUGAUUUAUUUACAGCUAUGUGCGAACAUUUUUGUUCAACUUCAUACGGUGAUGAAGGUUUUUCAAUGGCUUUGUUAGUACCAAUUACACAGAGACACGAUGUUCAUUACAGAAAAUUAUUAUGGUCAGAACACGGAGGUGUGCUUCGAUAUCUUAGAUUACCUGUAGAAAAAUUAGUUGUACCGCUUAAGGAAUAUCUAUAUCCUCUCGAGGAAGAUACGUCUUUAAUAGAUAAUUAUUUAACAGCACUGGUUAGAGGAAUUGUUAAACAAGCCUGGUGUCCUAUUCCUUAUACAAUUGCUGUACAUCAUUCUGCAAUGUAUUUGAAACAGACCAGCAAGUUAGCAGUACGAAUGAAAACGCAACUGGAAAAAAUACCUAACAAGGGUCUAGCUGCUAUAUUAUUACAUUAUGAACCACCUAAAUUAUAAAGUUUGUAUGAUACACGUUUAUUUAAGAUAUCAAAUAAGUUAGGGAUUAAAUAAUUUAUUUCAGUCAGUUGUAAAACGUACAUGUAUUAAUAUUAUUAGGCAGACAACUAAUUGUGUGAAUAAAGAAUAGGAACAAUCUGUGUUUACAUAAAACAUACAGGCACUGUUUGGUCCUGUUCACUGAUUGCCAAAGUUUUCAAUGAAUUAGUACUAUAAUUAGGAGAAUACAAUAAUAAAAAUUUUGCAAUUGGUUGAUGUUUCAUAAUAUGUAUUAUACAUGUGUAUAGUUUAUAAGUAUAAAUUUGCAAGAGAAGUUUGUAUUAAAUUUUGUUAAGUAAAGUAAUGUGUUUUAUAUUCUUACUGUUUAUAGGGAUAGUAAUUUAUCAACGUAAUUAAAUAACAUGUGUUGAAUUAUUUUUCUUAUAUAAAUAUGCCAUAAAAUAUGGCAGUAAUUACUACAUCAGUAUCAUUAAUAGUUUAACGUGCUUCGUAUGGCACGAUAAUAACUUUCACGUGCUAUUUGAUGUAAGUUUCGUGUUCAAGCCCAUUAAAGUGCACAAAACCAUUGUGAUAAAUUAUAAGUAGAAAAAGAAAAAGAGCUUGCUAUUCUUACAAAUCUAGAACUGACUUUUUUACAAAAAAAUUGACAGUAAUGCUAACAUAUGGUAAUUUUCUUUUUUGUACAAUAUUAUACUUUCAAAUUAACAUUUAUAUUCGAAUGUUGUUCUGUUAUUUAUUUUUUAGUUCGUACAGUUUUGCCAUUGGUCAAUAAUUACAGAAUGCUUUAUUUCUAAUGCAUGAAAUGUGUUAUGACAACAUUAGAUAUAUGUAACUAUAUCUCGUUUCAAGAAAUUUUAUGUAUGUCAGUUUUAAAUUUAUUUAAACACAGCAGGUGGUAAGCUAUCGUGUAAUAUUUCAACUUUAUAUCAUUUAAAAUAUUGAUAUAUUUUUAUCUAUUAAGUAUUGAAUAAAUAUUUUCUUAGUUGAUUCCUUAACGAACAUAGUUUUGUUGAUAAACGAGAUUUUUAGCAGCAUGAUGUUCUAAAGUAUCGUUUAAACAAUACACAGUAUAUUCAUUACAACAAAUCUAUAUUCUAUAUUAAUUUAUAACAAUACACUGUUGAUAUAUGUAUGUAUAUACAUAUUUCACAAUAUAGAAAAAUAGGAGGAUGAAAUUGCAUUUUAAUUGCGUUUAUAAAACGGGUCCAACGUUUGAUAAUUAUACAUCUAUAUAAUCGUUAAGGGAUCAAAACAUAUCGCUAUAAUAUUCUUGUAUAAUUUGCUUCUUAUCCGAUAUUUUGUUACGUGUAAAAACGAUCGAUAUUUUCAUCUUGCUUUUCAAUGUCACGUAAGUUGUUGAAAACAUUUACGCUAUUUGUCGUGUGAAGAAAUUUUACGUGUUUUAAAGUGUAUCCUUGAAAAAUGUAGCACGCUAUACUUGUAAUUAUUUCGAUAUACGAAUUUCAGCCAAAAGCGCGCCAUAAGUGGCGCUCCCUUCUUAUUGGCCGACGAGCGAUUUCAAUGCCAAUCGGUAACACUGAUCGGUUCUCUCUGUCAGCCAAUCACGAUCGUCGUAACAUAUCGCCAUACACAGGGAAGGACAAGAAUAUUUGCCGGUUUAGUUACGUGAUGGCUUUCAUGACGUUAACACCUACCGACUGCUAGGAUUCUAUACCGAGUUUCCUGUACGUUUCACGAUCAACGACAAGUUGUCAAGAAACCGGAACCCAGGACACGCAUAGUGAUCGGCAAUUCUUCACGAUGACCUCUGGCACUUGCCGGUAUACCCUUCGUGCUGUGAUAAGCACUGUAAGCACAUGCUGUUCCAUCCCUUGCUCGCUCUUCCGCCUCCACUUGUUUGCCUCCUAUGCUGAGGGACCUGCAAAUUCAACGAUCAUCUUUCAUGUGAGUUUUUACACAAUUAUAUUUCUUAUAUUUAGUUAUGGUGCUGUGAAACACGACAAUAACAAUCUUAUUAGACUUGGCGUCUUUGCAUCGCUUUGACGUUGAAUCUUGUAAAAUGGCGCCAAACAGUUACGAUUCAAAAUGGCGGAUUAACUAGUGAAAUUGACUAUUUUAAAACCUAUUAUUUACGAAUUGAAAUAAGGUCACCCUGUUUUUUUAUACAAUGGCGAUCAUUAUGAAAUAUGAAGGAGUUAAAAUUGAAAUUUGACAAUUUGCAAUGCAUCCUAAUAUCGUGACUAUUUUGUAAAUGAUUGCGGUUCUCCAAUACGUGCCAGGCGGUGCACAAUAGGGGCCGGAAACGAGGUUCAGAAUCUCGAACAUUGGCCUACCAAAGAUGCAAAUGAAUUUGAAGCUCGAUUCUGUAACAUCGACUACAGAUGACACCAGCCCUGCUAUCGAUUUACGAUCGAAUCAGACUUGCUUCGAUGCCCGGCUACAAUUGAAACUAAAGAGCGAUUCGAUUAACCCUUUCAUAGACUUUUAAAUUUUCCUCUUUGUCACUGGAUUUUCUUUUGUUACUAUUUUUAUCGUUAUUGUAUUUGAAAAUUAGAAAUUUAUUUAAAUCUUAUUAUUUAAAUUCAUCACUUAGAAUACAUUUUAUUCCUUAAGUAAUAAAAUAUGAAGGAUUGUAAUACAAAGGGAAAGGAAAAUAGAAUUUUCCUAGAAAGCAUUCUUUCAGACGUAAUUUUGAAAAGUACGCUUCUUUAUAAACGCAAUUUCCAUGUAACACACAGUAAAGAGAAACUACGUUCCUUGAACAUACUUUACCUUCGAAUAUUAAAAAGGACUCGCGUUCGUGGAUUUAUUUUUACCAACGUUUUAAUUCAUACCGUUCCUAGUAACAACGGUGCUCUGUAUAUAGAUAAAUUCAAGAUAAUGACCGUUAAAUGUUAAUGCAUUCCGCAUAACUAUUUUUAGUAGUUUAACGCAAGAGCGUAGUAAAUACAUGCCAAUGAACCUUAUACGCGUAUCAAUGUCGAGCAUCAUUCACGUGUUUGAAAUAACUUCUCGUGACGCAGUAGGCACGUAUAAUUAUUAGCUAAAUUAUAACAAGGCAUUGUAGAUUUUUACGUCGUUACCCAGAGUUUAAAUUGUUCAGAUUGCGGUCUGUGGUACGAUACUUUAGAAAGAAAAGGAUCUGAUAUGUUUAUCUUUUACAUCGCACUUUUUAAACAUUAUUCUUCGACUUUGUAUUUAAUAGAGGUACCCGAACACCCUUAGGAAAUAAUGAUUUAAUAACACAUUUACUAGAAGUCUUAUACUGUUACAGAGAAUGAAUUAGUUCAUCCUUAAUCGCGUAUUAUCACGUUUGUCAGGAGAAACUACUUCUUUUCUAAUUAAAACAUGACUCAUCGUCAGUUAACGACUAAAGACAUAACUUUAGUGCAUCGCUCGGUAUUACUUGGAAAAUGAAAUUGCUAGGAUAACUUUUCCAAUUCCAUCAUGCAGAUAGAGGAAUUAUAAAAGCAAUACGAUUCAAUUACUUAUACAUUUAGGGCAAUCAUUGAAUUUGGAGCAGUAGAGAAAGCUGUAUCUUAAAUGAACGAAUGGGUUUGCAAACAAGUUAAUUUUGAAAUAAACUUCUUAUAUUUGGUCUCGGGCAAAGACCGUGUGGAGGAUGAAACACACGGCAACGUUAGAAACCGAGGAACAGUAGUAGAAUCUGUUCGAUUUCAUCGCGGAAAUUUUGCUUGCACGCGAAACUCUGAAUUAGUUAGCAAAUAAUAAGUGCACUCGAUGUGCUUUCGAAUCGGCCAAGUCGAUCGUCAAGUGGUUGCUCGUUGGAAAUCAACCAGAAAUAUCGUCCCUCUUUAUUUCUUAAUACACAUUCUGCACGUACCUAACGAAACAGCACAAUUUUAACCCUUUCUACCCAAUCAAUUACACUUAUCUUUACCCUUAUAUUCUUUUCAAACGUCCAAGUUCCUGGCAAUUCACCUUAAUUCGUGUACUCUCUUUACGGCUUAUCGAGUCACAUAUUUCGUAAAUAAAUUCAGGAAAUCUUUAAUAACUCAGUUCGAUCGAUCUCUUUCGCUUUAAUCGAAGAACCUUCGACACGUUCCGACGCUGUUUUGCCCUGAGAAAACUCGAGAGAGAUUAAUCUCUGUACUUUCUUAAGAGAAAGUAUAGCCGGGAUACGAUGUUGCAAUAUAUGUACUUAUGAGCUAGGAUUUUUCAACGUAUCGAUCCGGGGUAUGCACCUUCCGAUAUUAUUCGCAAUUCCUCCUCGAACCUCUCCUCGGUUAUUCCUAUCAGCGUCAGCUAUUCCGUUGAAAUGAUUUCGCGAUUACGAUUGAUCGACGCGCGCUGAUUCGUUUGCAUAGUCUUAAAUUGUCUACUUUUAUCACCAACGAACUGGAGAGAUGAUUUUAGUAGCUGAGAUCAGUCGAGAGUGUAGACCCACCCUCACCCUCCCCGCAAUUUCGAUCGAUCCCCUUGCCAUUCUCGAAUUCUAAGCUUCUCAGAUUUUCAAGUUUCGGUAUUCCAUUUGUUCUAGAUUCCUAAUUUCUAAACUCGAAACUUGAAAAAUUCCAAAUUUCAACGAACCACGUAAAUUCGUGUUAAUAAACAGAAUUUUCUAAAGAGAAUAAAUUUCAGUAUUCCAGUUGUUCUAGAUUCCCAAUUUCUAAACUCAAAACUUAAAAAAUUCCAAAGUUCAACGAACCACGUAAAUUCGUGCUACUAAACAGAAUUUUCUAAAGAGAAUAACAGACGGAGGAGAAUAGUCUCGUUACUCUCUUAAAAAGCAAUCUGUCCGGGGAAACAAAAAGCCAUUCGCGAUCUUGUAGUUUCAGCCCGUUUCGCUCUCCUUUUUUUUUGUUCUUCUUCUCGUGGAAUAAAGGAGACGAGACGGUGGGCAUUGAAACGCGCCAGAUCAAAGGCAGACCUUCGAAAAAUGUUGGGGAACAGUUUCGUUUAGAGACUUUAGACGCGGAAGAAGGAACAUUUGACGGACAAACCUAGUGUUUUUUUUCCCCCCCUUCCUUUUGUUGGUAAAAUGAACCGGCAAGGUUUUCGAUGUAACCCAAGUAACGCAGGGUAAAUCGAACCCCUUGUUAAGCCGACAAUCACACUUUACAGGGAUGCGCUUUUCUAACAAAGACUCGAAAACUGCUGACGUCUGUCUCGACGAAAUGGAGCAUUCUUUGAUAAUAAUACCUGCAUGCUGGCACGCUUUUUCGAUCAGGUUGAAAUUUUACAAAGGGAAGAUAGAUUCACCCUAAACUUAUUCCCAUAAUUCUAAUGUUCUCCAGUCCCGUAUUCUUCUGUUUUAACAGACUUCGAAAAGGAGGAGGUUACUCAAUUCGAUCAAUAUAUUUUUGUUUUUUCUGUGUAUGUUCACCGAUUACUCCGAGAUGGAUGGACCAAUCGGAACGAAACCUUUUGGUACCAUUAAAAAAAUAUUUUUAUUUCCUCUGAUGUAUACAGAUACUCGACAGUUAAACGUAACGUAACAUUUUUCCUCAUUUUUUGCAUCAAUUGGUUGUUGGGUCGAUUAGUUGUUAUAGACCUCGUAAAAGUAAGUACCUACGUCGUUGUUCUAGAUCCACAGGUCUAUAAUACUUUUGAAAGUGGAAUAUCUUUUUUAUUCCAUGACCCCGUUACUUGACUGUUCCGCUGUCCUUACACCACUUUGCAAGUAGAUCUUUUUUAUGCAUCAACCUCAUAAAUACACGAUUCCCUGCUUGCAUUCAUUUGUUAACGGUGUUUCUAUUAAACUGUCCCAUCUACCGGUCUUCGAACUCUCUUUAUUGACCCAUGUUUAAAGGGUUCAUUUCGAAACCAUAGAAUCCUGGAAUGCUGAGCUACUAGGAUACUAGAAUACUAUGGUGCCUCGUUAUCUUCUUUGAAAACUUCAAUUUAGCGUUUCACUUGGGAAAAGUUUGCGUAUCUUGUUUCUUGCGACUUUCAUUCACCAGAAGGGGAACAGUUCGUUUGGAAAAAUAAAAGAGCUCGUUUUGAAUACGUUCAUCCGUCUCUUUUUUUUCAAUGUUUCUCCUUCUCGUGUGUAUCAUGUAAGUACACAUGUGCUUUUUCGUUCGAUAUCGCUAGAAUUGACUAGAAAGUGUCAGAAACGUAUUACAACAGGCUAGGAAAUACAUCACUCUCGAUUAUACGGAUUUUCGAACAAUUAAAAAUAAUUGCACAGGCUGGAAUUACUGGUUACCUUGACAAGGUAUUCGAUGCCUCAACUACUUCAAUAGAAUUAAUUGGCGCUUCGGUAAUUACUGAUUUAAAUAUAAAAUUUUAUAUCGAUGGGGUUUUUAAAAUUUAUAAAAGAAUACAUCGUUUAUUUAACAAGUCUAAAUAAAUUCCAUCCUUGAACAAUACCUCUGCGUGCUAUUUUUAUUUGGAACAUUUAAUUAAUCUUUUAGCCAUCGAAAUAUCGAUACCUGGAAAAUUUGAAAUAUUUUUACAAAGUGCUUGUGAAAAUCGGUUUUUGAAAUUAGCGGCGAUUAGCCUGAAAAAUUUGAAUAUUAAAAAAAUAGGCUGUAAUAGUCCUAGAAAAGCGUAGAAAAGUAUAAAGAACAGUGGAAAGUUGAUUUUGAGAAGAAACGCUGCUUUUCCUUUGAGCGAGAAAAUUUAAAUUGAUCCGAUUUCGUAAGUGGCUUUGCAGUUGUUGAGAAAUCGAGUCGAACAGACGCCUGUGCCGAUAACGUGCCGAGAGUUUUGUAAAUAAGCUUUUUCGAGGUGUACCCUCUUUUACAUCGCGCAACCAGUGCUUUCACAGCGGUUGCUGCGGCUGCUUCGGAUGUUUAUUGACGCGAGUCACGAACAUUCACCGCCAUCGAAAAUCUGAUCAACUUUGGCAAAAGUAAAAACUUCGAUAAGUAAGUACCACGUGCGCAUGGAAAUUAAAGUUUUCAAGCUUCGAACGUGAGAUAAACUUGAAAACGUCGAACGUUAUCUAUCGAUAAUAUUGGACGUUGAAGAGCGGUUGUACAUUCUAUUCAAUUGUUCCUACAUAUUUUAACAUAUUUUUAAAUAAGAUGAAUAAUAAAAUGCAGCUUUUUAAGCAAAGUAAUUGAAUAUUUAGAAUUCUUGUUAAUUAAUCUGUCUACUGAAAAAUAAUUUAAAGUGAAAUCAUAUUAAAAUCGGGUCUCUCUCCAUGGUCCGCCAUCGGAGACCAUUUUAUUAUUCUAAAGGUAGAUAAUUCGUGAAAAUCUGCUUGAGGGGACAGAAUAUGAAAUAUAUUGCGGAAUAAAGUAUUUUUAUAAAUAUGUACUUGCGUGCAAGGGAUGACGAGAAAGGGAAACCAAUUUCGCAUUGAUCGCCAGGCAAUUUGUAGAAUAAUUUGCGGAACCGAACUGUACUCGUUUAAAACUUUCUUCCAGAGGGUGUUUCACUGUAUUAACAUGUUGUACUUUGAAUAAAGUAUCACUAUGAUAUUUUUUUAUUAUUUUUGAAAAUCACGGUCAAAAUUUGCAAUCACCAAAGAAGAUUAUCUUUCUGGAAAGUUUACAAAAGAACGUAUUUUUUAUAUCUUGAAAUUUCCAUAUUCAUUAUCUUUGUUAUUGUUACAUUGUUAUUGAUAUCUGCAAUUGAUUGAAUUGCAAAUAUAAUAUCUAUUCGUUUUCAAUGAUGAUAGGUAAUGUUCUUGGAACGAAUGAAUAGCGAAACAAUUGAGAAAGUGAUUUGCUUUGGGAACGUUCAAUUAUUUAAUAUUACCCCGACGAGGCUGUGUUUAUUCGCCAACGUCAACAACGAUCAGCAUAACGUAAUUGCCGACGUGGCAAGUAAUUUUAGUCGGUAUUCGUGCUAAGAACAGCACCUGAUUUUCUUGCCUGCUCGUAGAAGCCCACGGUAGAAUUCUAGUCGAUAUUUCGAGCAGUGUACGAUUACGUUCGUCUUCGGACGUUUCUAUUAUACCAUCAUGUCUUCUCCAAACGAAAAUACAAUACCUCGAGCUCCCAUCCUAAUUAUUUAUGACCUAACCAACCGUAAAACGUCGACAUUGAUCGAUUUCUAUUAGUAGCUAUAAAUUCAAGUUUAAUUUGAGAAACAUUGUCAAAUAUUUGGAGGACCCAAAUCAUGGGAGGGUUUGAUACAAUGGAAAGUAAUAUUUAGAAUUAAAUAAAUUAUUAUUGUGGUCUAUCUGAUCGCCAUCAAUCAAGGUGUUCAUACCAGUAACACAUUGUACUCGUAGAAAAUCCUUUCAAUUAAUUAUCUUAUAUCAAAUAAAUCUAAAUGGAUGAGAAGUUCUCGGGUAAAUUCAUGCGUCACUCAAAGUGUUAAUAAAUAUCCUCGUUCUGUCUGUCUGAAAUUUUGACACCAGUCAAAAAGGAUUCGUUGUUUCGAGGAUGAAACUAACGAAAAUCGUAAUCGAUUCGUAAGUUUUACAGUUCAAGGUGAUACCCGAUUACACGUACGUGGCAGCACCUGGUCUGCUCUCACCUUUCCUGGCACACUUCCAUUACAUCUACCCAUCGAGACGUAUUGUAAAUUCUUAGUUGGUUAUUGCCGACACGGUAACCCCGAUUGCACCCAAUUUCCUUAUUUCAAUUAUUCUCGUUUAUCUUGUAAACAUCCUUUAAUUAAGACGGAUUUCUCGAGCGAACAGUCUGCUGUUGGCGAAACUAAUCUGUUUGUUUUCGACGUAUUCUCAACCCCAGGACUGCGUGAAUUUUUUAUAGACACGGUACUUGAAGUUUCCUUACCUCCUGGAGCAAGUUUCAUCAAAUAUUCGCGACUCUUUCCUUAAGAGCAACCUUUUAUCAAGAGAGGCAAUUUCUGAGGAAAGUCGAAGUAAUAUUGAAAAUUGAAGGAUUCUUGCAUAAACGAUAUUGUGAAAUUUUUGGGUUAAAAUUUGUCGAAUCAAUUGAUCGAACAAAGACUAAAAGAAUAUUUUAACGUUCACACAUUUGUCAUCGCAGCAGUUAUUUCCUGUAUUAUAACCAGCCAAAAGCUAUUACUAUUCUUUUACAAUGACAUCCUCGAAUGAUAUCCAGCAAUUCUGGUUUAUCGUCAAUCUUCGCUUUUAUCCGCUCGAAGGAUCAUCGUUUAAGAAUUUUUAGUCCGUUCGCUAGGAGAUGAUACUUAAUAAUUUAUGGAAAAUUGAUCAGCUCUAGUGUCGUUUUACUUGUUCUCUUGGCUUAAGAUCGUUCAUAAAAUACAUAAUGCUUUAUAAGGUCAGGAAGAUGGUACUUUAUACUUCUUACUCCUAUAUUAGGAUUACCCUUAGAGAAGAAUGAACGAUCUCUCCAGAGACUCGAGCGAAAAAUUACCUUCUCGUUCGAGCAUUAAUUCGGAAAAUCUGUUGUAUGUACGAUAUUAAAAAUCGUUGUACAAAUUAGAGAGGAAGGUAAUAAAUCGUAGUACGCCAUGAAAACUUCAAACUUUUUAAUCUUGUAACUUUUCCUGGCCACUAUAGUGAAAUUAGUAACUAAGGAUAUGAAUAAUUAUUAAUUUUCAAAUUUUAAGCUUUUGGGCAUAGUAGGCCCCCCAGAGAAAAUAGUAAUAACCCUUCUCCCCAGGUAUCGCGGGUUUAGGGAUUCCUGACCCUCGUCGUAAGCCACCCCUUUCCCGAGUUACCCGACCUCCACGGAGGCGUCGCGGGUUGCCGGGUUCAGGGGUUUCUGGCCCUCGUCGCGGGCCCCUUUCCACGGAUUGCCACGUCUUGCACGGAAGCACCGCGGGUUGCCGGGUUCAGGAGCCCCUGGCCCUCGCCGCGGGCCCCUUUCCACAGGUUGCCCGUCUUGCACGGAAGCACCGCGGGUUACCGAGUUCAGGGGCCCCUGGCCCUCGCCGUGGGUCACCCCUUCUCCGAGUUCCCGACCCACUAUAACGCCUUUUUUCUUAAACAAGUCUACUAUGCUAUUCUUCAGACAAAUCCCAUUGUUAGAAAAGUAUUACGUUUUAAUAUACCACAGGUAGGGCAAGGAAUAUUAAAAAUGAAUAUAAAGUUGUUUUAGUAAUGACAAUGAUGUUCAACCUUGAACGAAAAAUGAAAGAAAACUACUCCUACGACAUAACACCGCGAUAUCAUUCUUUUAAAACGCUGCAUUUCUUAUUCCACUUAACGUUUGUCGUUAAUCUACCUUCAUAUUCCAUAAUGGAAGGUAAAAUAUUAAACGCGGCUAUAGACAGCGGUGGCGCACAGUUUGUCUAAAAAACAUUUCUCAUGCUCUCGUGCAUUAGAAUGAAAGUAGAAAAGCGUGUUACACCGUUUAAAAGGGAGAAACUUGUGUACGUGUACGAUGAACGCGUGAUCGUUUACGUUGAUAUUUGCAUAUUUAGAAGCAACUUGGGCGCAUGCACAACGACAACGCGAGCAUUCGUAAGAAUUCGUGCACGAUAACCAGGUAUAACGAUGGCCCCAGGUAUCGCAGCACGUAACACACAUCAUCGUACCGGUUUCAAGCUAUGAUUCAUACUUUUCAAGAUGCGUCAGAAAUAGAUUUUUCCAUAUUUAAAAAUGGUAUAUUUUAUUUGAACUUACUCCCUUAAUGCGUGACUAACAGAAAUUUAAUAUAAUCAAGUAAUAUAAAUUUGAAUAAAAUUGCUAUUAUGCUAAUAAUAUAAGGUAACAAUUAAAAAGAUUGACUAAUCGUGCCCUUGAUCAUUAUAAUGUGUUCCCUGUGCUCGUUUUCACUACAUUAACACGUUAUAAAAUAAUAAAUUCGAUAUUGAAUUAUUCGUAUCCUUAAUUAUUGAAAUUUUAAUAUUUUUGUUUCAAAUACAUGUCUAAUUUCAUUGCGGUGUUAUGGCGCAAUAGAUUGUCUGAUCAGACAAGUGAAGCAAAAACCGCAUGCAGUCAGACGAGUAGAGUAGGACCGCGUGUAGUGAUACAAGUAGAACAGGACCGUAUGCGGUAAGCCGAGUAGCGCGGUAACGUAUGUGGUCAGACCAGUAGAACAAGACCGCAAAAAGGAGGCAGUAGGCAUGCCGCAGUGAAAAUACACAUACGCAAUACGACAUAUGGAUUAUUAAACGUACGAUGAUUUAACUCUUCGAGUGAAAUGCUUGAUAUUUCCAAUCGAGAGCUAAUAACAAACGUGUUAAUAUUCAAAGAAAGAAAAAAAAAAUAUAUAUAUAUAUAAAGUCUGCCUAAUGAAACUAACACUUCAUCCCGAUUACAAUAACGAGAACGAAACAUUGAGUGAUAAACGAGUGCUAGAGGAAUAAUGUUUUUCUAAACGAAUGACUAAAAUAUCAUCAAUCAUCGCAUUCACUGUACCCACUCCAACAGUUGUGGCGGUUUGAAACUGAUGUCCAGCCGAUAGGUAGCCUCGCAGCUGAGCUUAACAGUCUUCAGUUGUCGAAACCGUGCCGAUGUUUCCAUUUUACAGUAAACUGGACCGGCGGCCGGUGCCUUUUUCAAGGACAAGGUCACCCGAAAAUGUCCAUCAGCACCCAUUUAGCCCCAUAAUUAUACGUUGGAGGGAUGAUAAAAGAAAUAACGCGAUCUUUUUCAAAGACCACGCGGAUUUAACGUAAACAUGCGGAUCUUAAUCGCACAUCCACGAUUCAUGAAUUUAUAGACACGUUUUUUUUAAAUAAAAUAAAAAAAACACUUCGGUAGAAUGAGCGGAGGAGCGCGCGUUGCAACGUGCACCUCCAGCGUCGCGACGCUUACUGAACCACGCCGUCGUGGAUAGAACGCGAUUCUAGCACGCAACAGCGGUUUUAACUUCUGUUUUGCUAGUCAACCCCCCGUCGAGUCCAACUCCGUUACGCGAUCACCAGAAAAUUGUUUUUAAUCAGCUUCAAUUCUACUCUAUACCUUUGAAAAUGCAUUUGCUCUAGAAAAAUUUAAUAGACGACUUAAUUUUUGAAAACAAAAAUAAAUUUAUAGUUGAAAAGAUUUCAGAGUAUAGAAUCUUUUUUUCUUUUUUAAGGGAAUGAGUGAUGUAAGGAUUUGAUAAAACAUUCAUCAUUGCUGAAAUUUUUAUUAUAUCAUUAAUUGAUAACAUCUGUAUAUAAAAUUACUUUCACAAGGUUUUGAAAAUUGAGGGGUGUAUACAUAUAUUCUUUAUUGUAUCACAAAGUUAUAUUUUCAAAUUCGCAAAGAAUCGUAUCAGUGGUACAUUCAUUAUAAAUAGUAACUUCAAUCGUUUCAUGUAACAUUCGUUACAAUGUAACCAUUAUCUUAAUUGAACUAAUAAUAGGAAAUUAGUUGCAACACAUUAGGACAUUGUAAGUACAAUGAAUUAUCCCUAUAAUUCAUAUAAACCUGAUAAAAAUAAUUUCAGAUUUAUUAAGUAACAAGUAUUAAUAAUUAUUUAUUACUUUUUUUUUUUAUUUAUAAAAUUUGUAAAAGUUUCAAAAAAUUAAAUUUUUGAAAAGUUUGUUUGUAACAUUCAUUUUAUUUUUCUUUAUAGUCGUUUCCAUUGUAAAACUCUUAAAACAAUCGUAAUACUAUCUAAAGCAAGUCUUGUAUCAUGAGAUCACUGAAUUUCCUAAACUUCAUCUAUCUAUUCUCCAUACAUAUGUCCAGUCUAGUGAAAUGCGCGAUAUUAAUUGUCAUAGCGACUGUUUAUACAGUUUUUCCUCAGUUUCAACAGUACAGGUAGCGAAAGCUUGACCCAUUUUUAUUGUCUGCCCUUCUUGUAUACAAAAUUUGAAAUCUUUUGGAGCUUCAAACAGCAAUACAAUUGUAGAUCCCAUUCUAAAUUCACCAAAUAAUUCUCCUUUCUUUAAGUGUAUACAACCUAAGUGAGCAUCCUUCCAAUAUUUUGCUUCAGGCCAUUUAAUAACAUUUGUACGUAGUUCCUUAUCACAGUAAACUCUUAUAGAACCUACAUUUGUAGCUCCAACUGCUGUAUAAGCCAUAAAACCACCAGUCCAUUUACCAAUAUAUGUUACACGUUCGUUUAACGAAAAUAAAUUUGGAAAAUAUCGGACUAUCUUUGGAUUGACGCUAAUCAACUUUCCUAAAAUAAAUCAAUUAAUUUUACUGACUAUGAUUUAUUUAAAUUAAAAUUCAAUAGCAAAAGACUGUGUUACCUUGAAAAUGUCUACGAAAUUCUAUGUCCCAAUCAGUUGGACUAUGAAAUCUGUGAUAAUCUCCUGGAGCAAGAUAAACUAUUAAUUGAUAAAGCUGAUUCAUUGGAUUCUUUAAAAGAGCCUUUAAAUAGGCAGCAUCAUCUUGUUUUGUAAACUUUGAUAAUUCAUCAGAACCAAAUAUAUUUAUGUCUCCUAAAAAAUGUCUGAGAUUAUAAGUAACACCUUUUAUUUGUUGCACACAACACGAAGUUACUGGUCCAAAAUGUACUACUUUUCCAUCAGCAGGUGAAACCUGUAACCAAAGUAUGUAAAUUUCAACUUGUUUACAUUAAUUAUUUACUUAUGUACAAGUAAUAUACAUACUAUGCGUGCAUUAUGAUCAAUAGGUCUUGCAUCAUAUUUAAGUGGCCUAACAAAAAAAUCAGAUAAACUUGGAAAUUCAGAUAAAUCUAAAUCAACUUCUUCUAAAUUAGCAUUAAAAGUUUUUGCAUAAAAUCCAUAUAAAAUUGGUCUUAAACUGGUUGGUAAUUCUAAAUUAGCUAUCCAACCCCAUAUCUUGCUGAGUGUUCGAAAUGGUAGAAAAUAAUAACAUUUCACC